AUGAUACUCCACAUCACAAAUGCGUACAUAAAGAGCACUUCGUGGAAAUCGUUUUUCACCACAGAAAAGAUAGCGCUGGCGAUCACGGAGACAAACAACAAGGGAGAAAGCACCAUGCGCACGCUUUCUCUGAAAUGCAAGAACGGCCCAUUGAACUAUUUCCAUUUUUUUGAUGAGGACAACAAGCUCACGAUCGGCAUACUGAAAAACGGGCGAUCUGUACAUUGCAUGAACGUCGAAAAGACGAGCAACCGAUUGGCGUAUGCUGAUGGCGGGUUGAAAAUUACCUUGGAGUUGCAGCUUUUGAACUGUGAUAUUUUCACCUAUCUGGAGAAUAAAGAACGGAAAAAAAGCGGGCUGUCGGUGAUCGAGCAAAUAUCAAAGGUAAUUGAAGUAUACAGCGUUACGGAGCACCGGAUGUCGCACGAUGACAGAGUGUACAAGGUGGACAAGACGAACUUCUGCACGAAUUGGCAGAAUACGACGAUUGAUCAGGUUUCAUCAAGUAAAGGCUGGGAACAGAUAAGAACACGAAAGCAGAUUAUUUUGUGGGUUAAUCACAGCUAUCAGCUAGUGUACCUCCCGGGUAGGACUCCGAUAAUUGUUGAAAGUGAGAUUGAAAGGAAGACACACGCGUUUUAUAAUGCUUUGCAACGAUUUGAGACGUUCAAGUAUCUCAUAUUUACUAAGUUUGCUCUUUUUACGAUCAGGGGGUUCUUUGUGCAGUCUACGGCAUCGUAUUUCUUGAGAUCGGAGGAGAACAUGUUAAGAAGAAACUUGCACAUCAAGAUUAAAGACGAAAUAGGUGAGGAUGAAGGCGGAAUAAAGAACGAGUUCUUCAAUGAAGUGGGGCUGGAGAUUGCUAAUGACAAGCGCAUGGUUUUUACAGGCAAUUUCCUGGACGUUAAUCGGAAUAUUUAUGACAAUGAUCCGGCUGAAGAGAUCGACUCAAACGAAACACAGGACGACAACCACGUUAAAAACGUUAAUCUAUCUAUGAAAAGAGAGCAUACCAAGACGGCAGCCGACCAAACACAUCCAUACGAUCUGUCGUCAAGAGAAGUGAACACGAAGGAAAUGAAGAAGAUGAAAGAGCAGAUGCUGGCGAAGUUAAGCUUUAGCAGGCAAUCGCAAAUGGAUCCUACAGCAACAUUGAAGUUUUGGCAGUCGCCUGAGGCAAGAAACAAGAAGUUUAUUGAAGAUACGGACCCGUCCUUCUAUGUCGAAGAAAACAUUAACACAAAUCUCCUGUCAAACGAUGAGUUUUAUGCAUAUCUGGGCACUUUUAUUGCGCUGUGUUUUCUCAACCACGAGAUGAUAUCUGUGAAGUUUAGUCUGGCGUUUUGGGAGAACCUGAUGGGCCGUAAGUUCACGCUAAGACAUGUACAGGAUACCCAAAUGCAAAGAAACCUGCUGUAUGUGCUCCGUGAAGAGUUGAGCGAGGAUUUUCUGAACACAUUUGACGAUGAUCUGAUACACACGGAUAAGGGGCUGUUCGUAGAAAAAACUGUGUAUGAAUCGCUGUUUCUUUCGAAAAAACGAGCGUACGAUAUUAUACGCUUUUUCUUCUACUCACUCAUGCCCAAGGAGUUCCAAGAGAUCUACGCUACUCAGGACAUUUACUACGUGUUGAAUGGAAAAGAGGAGAUAACAUUCAAUUUUCUGAAAUCAGCAUUCCAAUACAUUAAGUGCUCAGAGGGAAGCAGGGAGAUCGUUUUCUUGCUGAAUAUUUUUAAAAGAAAAAAUGAAGCGUACUACAGGAAAUUCCUAAAAUUUGUUACCGGUUCAGAAAAUAUUCCGCUCCAGUCCAACAAGUUGGACCUUUUCAAAAUCUAUAUCGAACAGAUCGAUGUUAAAAAUGCGCUUUUUAGAGCGUCGUCCUGUGUCAAGAUGCUGUUUAUCGGGUGCUACGACACGGAAGAUGAGAUGGAACGAAUUAUGGAUUUCUCAAUUUUUAAUACGGAAGGCUUCCACAAGAUCUAA